GCUGGGAGUUAUAUCUCACGCUUCACUUUUAUCAGCACUCCUCGCUUGUUAUGCGCCCGACUAAUUCGUUUCACAUCGUCAUUACUUUCGAUGCGUUAAAGUCUAACUGUAAUCAAAGCAAACUGCUAUAAAACUUAACAACUCACACUCGUAAAACAGCCCACAAUGUACUUAUAACAUUUCAAAAAGUUUCGUGCUUAAUUGUUUCUAAUUUAGUGUAAAAAUUUGUUAACUACGGAAGCAUGAAUAUAAUUCGUGGAGUUUCGGACGUUUUUUGGGAUUCAGACAUUUGGCUGCCGCCGAACACAACAUGGAAGGACAUCGCACCCAAUUCAAAUCCACAUAUUCAUCAUGCAGACUCAACUCACUUACUGUAUCCAAUACCAAUGGCAAUGUGUUUAUUUAUUUUUAGGCGUUUAUUUGAAAAAUAUUGUUUGUCACCUUUUGGAUUAUAUCUAGGCAUAAAAAACACUGCACCAAAGAAAGCUCCUGCCAAUAAACACUUGGAAGCAGCGUUUUCAAGGUCCAGAUAUCCAAAAGUUUCGGUUAUAAAAGGAUUAGUGAAACAACUUGAUUGGGAAGAGAUUCAAGUUGAACGAUGGUUCAGAGCAAGGCGUUUACAAGACAAACCGUCAACAUUAGUCAAAUUUGUGGAGUGUGGUUGGCGUGGUUUGUACUAUACACUUUCGUUUAUCUACGGGUGGAUUGUUUUAUGGGAUAAGGAGUGGUUGUGGGAUAUUCAAAAGUGUUGGAGUAAUUAUCCGCAUCAAUCAGUAGAAGUAUCAAUUUGGUGGUAUUACAUGGUCAGUUUAUCAUUUUACUGGUGCCUCUGCUUCACACAGUUUAUCGAUGUGAAACGCAGUGAUUUUUGGCAAAUGUUUGCACAUCACCUCGCUACAAUCGCUUUGAUGAGCUUCUCAUGGGUGUGUAACAUGACUAGAAUUGGUUCGUUGGUUAUUUUCUUGCAUGACGCCGCUGAUAUUAUCCUGGAAGCUGCCAAAAUGACGAAAUAUGCAAAGUGUCAACGUAUCUGCGAUUGUAUGUUUGUUAUUUUUGUUCCGUUGUGGACAGGGACAAGAAUUGGAGUUUAUCCACUUUGGAUUCUAAGAAACACAAUGUUUGAUGCUGCGAAAAUAGUGCCAAUGUUUCCGGCUUAUUACAUUUUUAACUCGCUGCUCAUUGGGUUGCUGGCAUUGCACGUGUUUUGGACGUAUUUAAUGCUGAGGAUUCUUCAGAAUACGUUGAAGACUGGUUCCAUGGAGAAGGACGUACGCUCAAGCAGUGAAGAUGAAGAUUCUGAUUAAAACAAUGUUUAAAAUCAGGUUUUUAAUGUAAAAAUUUAAAAUAGACUUUUUUCUUAAUCUAAAAUAUAAAAAUUAAUCGUAAAA